AUGCAUCGAUUUUUUGCUGAGCUAGAGCCAUCUGUAACCGUCACCGAGCAAAACCUGGGAGACCGAGUUCGGUAUAUCUUGUGCUCAAAUACAUUUGAUGUCACCGAACUCGAACGGCUACGACGUGAGACUGUUCCCUCAUCAAAUGAAAAUGCUACGGCUGAGGAUGCGGUGCCACAAGUUGCAGAACAACCCGCACACGUGGAUACCGCCGUGAAUUACCCAGUGGUGGCUGAUUCAAAUGAUGAUGGAACAUUCGCCCAGGAAUUAGAAAUAGUAGAAGAGGCGAUUGUGGAAAUGCGCAGUACGCCUCUCGAAAAUCGACCGCGACUUCCCCGCAAAUGCCUAAGCAAGCGGAAUCAGGCUGUCGUGAGUGCUCUGAACCCAAUGCUGGGGACAUAUUUGGAAGCCAGUCGGGACCUUUGCGAUACGGACUCAAUUCUUUUUGGCGUCGCGCUGGCAGUCUGCCGUAUCAUAGGUGCCAAUGUUUCCACGGCUGGACAGCGCUAA